AUGGACCCCAACGCCAUCAAGGAGGAGCUGCGCCUGUUUCAGAGCACCCUGCUCCAGGACGGCCUGAAAGAGCUUUUGAAUGAGAACAAGUUUGUGGACUGUCACCUGAAGGUAGGCGAUCGUAGCUUUCCCUGCCAUCGGCUGAUCAUGGCUGCCUGCAGCCCUUACUUCAGGGAAAUAUUCUUUACUGAAGAUGGGAAGGAGGUGGAGAACACCAAAGAGGUGGUCCUUGAGGAUGUUAACCCUUCCAUCCUGGACAUGAUUAUUCAGUACCUCUACUCAGCUGAAAUUGAUCUCACCGAUGACAACGUUCAGGAUAUAAUUGCUGUGGCAAACAGGUUUCAGAUCCCUUCUGUCUUCACAGUGUGUGUCAACUACCUUCAGAAGAAGCUGUCCUUGGGUAACUGCUUGGCCAUCUUUAGGAUGGGCCUGGUGCUCAGCUGUCCCAGGCUCGCCAUCGCAGCACGCAACUACAUUGCUGACCGCUUUGAACUCCUUUAUAAGGAAGAGGAAUUCCUAAAACUCGCAGCCCAUGAACUGUUUGCCAUUAUUGGUGGAGACUCGUUGAAUGUUGAGAGAGAGGAACUGGUUUUCGAAGCCGUCAUGGCCUGGGUCCGCCAUGACAGGGAGAAACGCCUCAAGGUCCUGAAGGAUGCUUUCAACUGUAUCCGGUUCCGCCUCCUGCCUGAGAAAUACUUCAAAGAGAGAGUAGAGACUGAAGAGAUUAUCAAAGCUGACCCAGAGCUUCAGAAGAUGAUUCAGGUCAUCAGGGAUGCUUUCAAGGGCAAACUGCCAGAGAAGCCCAAGAAGAAUGAGGGAGAGGAGGGGGCCAGCAAGGAAGGAGGUGAAGAGGAGGACAGUCCAUUCCCUGGAUUCCUGAAUGAUAAUCGCAGACACGGCAUGUAUGCUCGUGACUUCAUCCUGAUGAUCAAUGACACGGCAGCAGUGGGAUAUGACGUCAGUGAGAACGAGUGCUUCCUGGCAGCCAUGUCCGAGCAGGUGCCACGUAACCACGUUAGCCUGGUGACAAAGAAGAACCAGCUAUACAUCAUUGGAGGACUCUUUGUCGACGAGGAAAACAAGGAUGUUCCUCUGCAAUGUUAUGCAUAUUUGUUGGAUCCGUUCAGCUCAGACUGGAUCGCGCUGCCCCCAAUGCCUUCACCAAGAUGUCUCUUUAACAUCGGAGAGAGCGAGAACCUGCUGUUUGCUGUGGCUGGAAAAGACCUCCAGUCCAAUGAAUCAUUGGAUAGCGUGAUGUGCUAUGAUACUGAGUCAAUGAGGUGGAGUGAGACCAAAAAGCUUCCCCUCAAGAUCCACGGCCAUGCAGUUGUCUCCCACAAAGGGCUGGUCUAUAGCAUUGGAGGAAAGAUGGAUGACAACAAAGCCCUCAACAAGAUGUUUGUGUAUAACCACAAACAGUCAGAGUGGAGGGAGCAGGCAGCCAUGAAGACACCCAGAGCCAUGUUUGGAGCAGUUGUCCACAAUGGCAAGAUCAUAGUGGUUGGUGGAGUCAACGAGGAAGGCCUCACUGCCUCGUGUGAAGCCUAUGACUUUGCAACGAACAAGUGGGAGCCCUUCACAGAGUUUCCUCAGGAGAGAAGCUCUGUCAACCUAGUGAGCAAUGGUGGCUCGCUUUACGCUGUGGGUGGCUUUGCUAUGGUUCAGAUGGAGAACAAGGAGGUGACUCCCACAGAGGUCACUGAUGUCUGGCAGUAUGAGGAAGACAAGAAGCAGUGGAGCGGCAUGCUGAGGGAGAUGCGCUAUGCUGCUGGAUCCUCCUGUGUUUCUAUGCGCCUCAAUGCUGCAAAGAUGCCUAAACUGUAG